UAUCUGAGACCAGCUAUGCUGCCCGGCAGCCAAAUGAUACCUCAGGUACCGUCCAUGGAACCCUCUGGCUAUGGGGGGAACCCUUCAGUUCCACCUGGUCUGGCUCAGUCAGGGGUGGACCAGUCCCGGAAGAGACCUCUGCCUCAGCCGAUCCAGGAGGUCCAGGAGCCAGCAUCGCAAAAUCGGAACCACAAUGCAAAGAAAAAGAAAAUGGGUGACAAAAUCCUACCUCAAGGGAUUCAUGAACUGGUACCAGAAUCUCAGGCCUAUACGGAUCUCUUGGCUUUUGAAAGGAAACUGGACCAGACUACCAUGAUGAAACGGCUGGAGAUCCAGGAGGCCUUGAAACCUCCCAUUAAGCAGAAACGGAAGCUGCGAAUUUUCAUUUCGAACACUUUCAAUCCGGCCAAGUCAGAUACGGAGGAUGGGAAAGGGACGGUGGCUUCCUGGGAGCUUCGGGUAGAAGGACGGCUUCUGGAGGAUUCAGUUUUUUCCAGAUAUGAUGCCACCAAACAAAAGAGGAAGUUCUCUUCCUUUUUUAAGUCUUUGUUUAUCGAACUGGACAAAAACCUAUAUGGGCCAGACAACCAUCUGGUAGAAUGGCACAAGACCGCCACUACCCAGGAGAUAGAUGGUUUCCAGGUGAAGCGGCCAGGAGAUGUGAAUGUAAGGUGUAUUAUUCUACUGAUGCUGGAUUACCAGCCUCCCCAGUUUAAAUUAGACCCUCGCUUGGCUCGGCUCCUGGGCAUCCACACCCAGACUCGUCCAGUCAUCAUCCAAGCAUUGUGGCAAUAUAUUAAGACACAUAAUCUCCAGGACCCUCAUGAACGGGAAUUUAUCAUCUGUGACAAAUACCUCCAGCAGAUCUUUGAGUCUCAGCGUAUGAUGUUUUCAGAGAUCCCUCAACGACUUUAUGCCUUGCUGAUGCCACCAGAACCUAUCAUCAUUAAUUAUGUCAUCAGUGUUGAUACAAAUGAUCAGAAAAAGACAGUUUGUUAUGACCUUGAUGUAGAAGUGGAUGAUACCUUGAAGACCCAGAUGAAUUCUUUUCUCCUGUCUGCUGCCAGCCAAGAGGAGAUUGCUACUCUGGACAAUAAGAUCCAUGAGACGGUAGAAGCUAUCAACCAGCUGAAGACCCAGCGGGAAUUCAUGCUGAGCUUUGCCAGCAACCCUGAGGGUUUCAUAAAUGACUGGCUUCAGUCCCAGUGCCGCGACCUCAAGACAAUGACCGAUGUGGGUAUCCCAGAGGAAGAGCGCCGAGCUGAGUUCUACUUCCAGCCUUGGGUUCAGGAGGCUGUAUGCCGUUACUUCUACUCCAAGGCGCAGCAGAGUCAGCAAGAAUUAGAGCAAGCCCUGGGAAACUGGAAUACAUAG